ACACCUCCCCGCUGGAAACCAGAAAUCGCAACCUGCUCCCAUCACAGCUACAGGCACUCUCAUAAUGACACAGGGCUAUACACGCUGCAGUAUCCGGAUGCACAGCACGCAUACACUGAGGCAUGCAUGGAGGCACUGGUAAUGUGACCCAGCUGGUAUACCGUGCCAUCCCAUUCCCAAACAGACACGAGAUCUCAUAUUAGAUCAGCAAGGACACCAAGCGUCGGGCAUCCUGCAGACACCCAUCUUUUCCUGCACCCAUUGCAGCUCCCAAUAGAUGAAGACGGGCACACACAGAUGGGUAUAGAUGGAUACACGCACACACCGACACCAUCCAUGUGUAUAUAGAGCUAGGCACGUAUACCCAUAGCCUUGGCCUGUCGAUUUCCGAUCUGCAGAGAGGAUGCGCGGGUGACAACAUGGCCGCCAUAUCCCAGCUGCUGGACACUGAUAUGGAUUAUGAGCGUCCCAAUGUUGAGACAAUAAAAUGCGUGGUGGUCGGAGACAACGCAGUUGGGAAGACUCGCCUGAUCUGCGCACGGGCGUGCAACGCUACCCUGACACAAUACCAGCUUCUUGCCACACAUGUGCCAACCGUCUGGGCUAUAGAUCAGUACCGUGUGUGCCAAGAGGUGCUGGAGCGCUCCCGUGAUGUUGUCGAUGAUGUCAGUGUGUCACUGAGGCUCUGGGACACUUUUGGAGACCAUCAUAAAGACAGACGUUUUGCCUAUGGAAGGUCAGAUGUGGUUGUUCUCUGUUUUUCCAUUGCAAACCCUCACUCUUUGCAACAUGUCCAAACAAUGUGGUACCCAGAGAUAAAGCACUUCUGCCCCCGAGCCCCUGUCAUUCUGGUUGGAUGCCAAUUGGACCUUCGCUAUGCUGAUCUGGAAGCAGUGAACCGCGCCCGACGCCCCCUUGCCAGGCCGAUUCGCCCCCAGGAGAUCCUUCCACCUGAAAAAGGUCGGGAAGUAGCCAAAGAACUAGGUAUUCCAUACUAUGAAACCAGUGUGGUGGCGCAAUGUGGCAUCAAGGAAGUUUUUGAUAAUGCAAUCCGUUCAGCGCUCAUAUCCCGUCGCCAUUUACAGUUUUGGAAGUCACAUUUGAGAAGUGUGCGUAAACCUCUACCACAAGCCCCUUUUCUUCCUCCUCGGCCCCCUCCGCCUGUUAUCAUUGUGCCUGAUCCUCCUGCUCAGAGUGAAGAUCAUCCUGGACACCUUUUAGAAGAAGCAUCCUGUGCCGAUGUGGUGCUGGUGGUCCAAGAAAGGAUUCGUAUCUAUGCCCACCGCAUCUACCUCUCCACUGCUUCCUCUAAAUUCUGUGACCUUUUCCUAUUGGAGGAUGGAGAUUCACCAUCUCAAGCCAGGGAUCCCCUCCUACGUGCCUCAAGCUUUGAUGCUUGUGAGAGCUCGGGGGAAACUGAGGGAGGAGGAAUGAGAACCUCAGCCAGCGAUGGUACAUUGGGACGGGAAGGAGACAGAGAUUUGUCAGGGUGGAGCAGGGCUUUUGAAAGCAUACGAAGUGGAGUUUUGGAGGAUCCUCCUGGUUACAGGGCCCGAAGAGUAACAGUGGUAAAGAUGGACAGCUCAGUGAGGCCUGGACCAUUCAGAGCUGUGCUCAAAUACCUGUACACUGGACGACUGGAUGAAAGAGAGCCUGAGCUGAUGGAGGUGGCCCACAUUGCUGAGCUUUUGGAGGUGUUCGACUUGCGUAUGAUGGUGGCCAAUAUCUUGAAUCGAGAAGCGUUCAUGAACCAAGAGAUCACUAGAGCUUUCCAUGUCAGAAGGAGCAAUCGCAUCAAGGAAUGUCUGGCAAAAGGGAUCUUCUCUGAUGUCACUUUCGUUCUGGACAAUGGGACCAUAAGCGCCCAUAAACCGCUGCUUAUCUCCGGUUGCGACUGGAUGGCAGCCAUGUUCGGGGGGCCCUUUUUGGAAAGCAGCACAUCUGAGGUAGCUCUUCCGUACACCUCCAGGGGCAGUAUGCGAGCAGUGCUUGAGUACUUGUACACGGGGCACUUCACUGCAGGACCCGACCUUGACCCUUUGGACCUCAUCAUACUGGCAAACAGGCUCUGCCUGCCGCACCUUGUAGCACUGACCGAGAAACACACAGUGUCGGUCAUGAUGGAUGCCUCCAUGAAUAAUAAGGAUAUUGAUGGUGAAGCCCUUAUGUUACUGGAAGCUGCUCAGUUUCAUGGUGCUCAGCAGCUGGCAGCCUGGUGUUUACAUCACAUCUCUACAAAUUAUAAUCGGGUGUGCAGGAAAUUCCCCCGGGAAAUCAAGCUGGUAUCACCAGAGAAUCAGCAGACCCUGGAGGCGCAGCGCUGGCCUCCUGUCUGGUACCUGAAAGAAGAAGACCAUUUCCAAAGAGCACAGAGGGAACGUGAGAAAGAGACAGCCCUGCACCAGAAGAGACAGCCCAAGAGACGCUGGUUGUUCUGGAAUAGCUCCAGGGCCGGUUCUCCUGCGCCUUCUACAACCCCAUCCUCUACAGUGGGCUGAGACAUGGGACUACUGUACAUCUGCGUGACCUCCCUCCGGCAGCUAUGAGUGCAUGCAAAGAUACAAAAGUGUUAGUAUGUUAUGUGUUUGUGUGAGUGAAUGUGCUCUACCGUUUUACCUGCUGUCUACUGGACUGUAUGAAAUGACAAAUCAGAUCUAGAUGUCGGCACAAUCAGCCAAUGUCUAUAGGUAAAAACCGCCUCAGCAAUGCAACCGCCGAAAAUUUUCCCAGGAACCUUUAUACCACUGUGCAGAGAAUCCUUUGAUAUGUGGAAAUCUCCUUACGCUAUCACUGGUUGGGGUUAGGGUCACCAGUUCUAUCUUGUAUUGACAUCUGGUAUCAUUAAAGGGAUGAACAUUUGUCAUCCAGUUCAGAUGUUGGGGCAUUGUUCAAUGUCCAUUCUCAGAUAUAAUGUUAUUAUGAGAGUCGUUCUCUUUAAAGGGGUGGUCAGCACCCCCUGCUAAACGGUGGAGGAAGCCAUGGUCAGCUAAGCGUUUCCUUCGCAGCAACUGCUGCAGGCGAAAUGUAGAGUACAUGGUAGCCGUUCAGAUGGACAGCUCAAGCCCACCAGAAUGCAAGACACUUGUACAGUCUGGCUCUAUGUUCUGGCUCAUAGAUGGGGGUCCCAAGUGGUUGAUCUCCCCUCAAGAAUGUUCAUAUGAACUAAUCGGGUGGUAAGGAAGGGGUUGUUGUUGAAAUAUGGAACAAUUCUGACUAUAUACAGUAUAUAAAUUCUCAUACAGGCUGCUUUAUGGCAGACGUCUACAGUCCAUUGGUGACAGACAUGCUACCGUAAACAGCCACACAUACGUGAUGCGGAGGGGCAGACUGGCCAUAGACCUUACAGGGAAAUUUUGUGGUGGACCUAUACCUAGAGAGCCACCUAAGCCCUCCUGAAGCCACUAAGUACGUAACGAUCUGACACUCUCAGCAUUAAUUAACGAUGGGAGUAUCAGGUACCCUCCUCGAUACAACUGUAUCACCAUGAUCAAGACAGUGAUACGGUUAAAUACUGCGACGGGCACAGGAGCCCAUGGUUUCUGCCCCACUGUUCACCCUCACUUCACUAGAUAUGCCUAUACAGAACAGACGACACCAGCUAGAAGAAGCCUGUGCCAUGCACUGCAGAUGGUAUUGCCCCACCUUCUGUAAAUUUGGAUGGGCCACUUUUAGGUCUUUUUCCAGGACCAGUCCCUCCCUGGAGAUGCACAACCAUCCAGGAACAGUUCUGUCUGUUCUCCUGAUCACGUGGGAGCAUCCACUGUAGAAUACAUAAAUGAGAUUGACCACGUGGUAAGAGUCUACUCUCAGGAAGAAUGCUGCCUCACGUCAUUCAUAAGGUGGCCGUACAUGGUGCAUUUUUGGAGCAGAGAUGACAAAUUGAGGUGUUAGUUGUGGAAAUCCUCCUACAUGGAUCACAGCAGUGCCCCAAAUCAUGGGUUAUAACACCUCAAAGAGUAAAAACACCAAAAAGCGGGUCAAAACUAAAACUUAACUACUCAAAUAGAAUCAAGUUAGCUAGAAGUCUAAAAAUGCGGCCCAUUGAGGAGAUGACACUUAUACUGUGUACCCCACCGCACCAGAACAGAGCCAUAAGUGCAUCUGAAA